AUGGCUGAAAUGGUCCAAUCUGUCACCAGCUUACCUCUUGUCAAACGGUACAUCGCGACCCACGAUGCCAACGGCAAGAGUGUCUAUGUCGACACGCCUCCCCAGCAAUACUUCCCGGUGCCCGACGUCGGUGGUCUUGCCCGUUCUUUUUCCGUAUCCUCGGUUCCGGCAAAGUUGGAGAACGACGAAGAUGUGAAAGCAUACCUGGGUAAGGAGGGACCAACCAGCUGGACGUCAUCGAGCAUCGUCACACCAGGAGGCGUGAACCUCCUCAUUGUGGAUCUGGCGCCUGGAGGAACGAGCGUCAUGCAUCGGACCGUGUCGAUUGACUUUUCGGUCUGUGUCAUCGGGGAAAUUGAGCACGAGCUGGACGGCGGAGAGAAGGUUUUGUUGCGGCCGGGAGAUCAUAUCGUCCAACGAGGGACCAUGCAUCGAUGGCACAAUGCCUCGAAGACGGAGCCAGCAAGAUUUAUAGCGACCACAGUUUCCUGUCUCCCAUUCGAUAUUGCUGGCAAACAGCUAGAGGAGAUUCAUCUUCCUAGGGACCCGCAAGAGAAGUUGUGA